AUGCCUCAACAGUCAGGCACGAGUGUAGGAAAAGCAGGACCUGGUUCAGAUGUUCCACGGCUUUUCACCUGGGAGGAGGUCGGACUCCACUCAGGGGAAAGCAACUCCAAGCAAGAUAGAUGGCUUGUCAUCGACAGAAAAGUCUACGAUGUCAGCCAAUUUUAUCGGCAGCACCCUGGAGGAACCCGUGUCAUCAGCCACUAUUCGGGACAAGAUGCCACGGAUGCCUUCACAGCUUUUCACAAGAAUGAUGACCUAGUGAAGAAAUAUUUGCACUCACUGCUGAUUGGAGAGCUGGCACCUGAUGAAACUAGCUGUGAGCCCACCAAAAAUGAAGUGCUGGUACAAGAUUUUCGUGAUCUGCACAACCAGGUGAAGAAGAUGGGACUCCUGAAGCCAAAUUAUCUCUUCUUCACCUUCAUUUUCCUUCAUGCUAUCCUGCUAGAUAUUGCAUCCUGGCUCACCAUCUGGUACUUUGGAAAAUCCUGGCUGCCUUUCUUUAUUGCUAUAACACUGUUCGCUACUGCACAGAUACAGUAUGGAUUUUUUCAGCAUGACCUGGGGCAUGUUUCCGUUUUUGAGAAGACCAAGUGGAACAGAGUGUGUAAUUUAUUUGUGAUGGGAAUGCUUAAGGGUAAUCCACCGAGCUGGUGGAAGCAUUUGCAUAAUCAGCAUCAUGCCAAACCCAACUGCUUCCGCAAGGACCCCGAUCUCAACAUGCACCCGCUCCUGUUCAGCCUGGGCAAGGCACUCUCUGUGGAGCUUGGGAAAAAGAAAAAGAAAUACAUGCCGUAUCAACACCAGCACAAAUACUUCAUCCUCUUAGCCCCAAUGGCGUUUGUUAUAUUUGUGCAGCUGAUUGUAUUCCACUUUGUGAUUCAGAGAAAAAAAUGGUUGGAAUUUGCUGUCAUGCUGCUGUAUUAUGUCCGUAUCUGCAUCCUGUACAUUCCUUUAAUGGGAUUUAAGAGCUUCAUGGCAUAUUUCUGGCUGGCCAGGCUCUUGGAAAGCACAUGGUUCAUCUGGAUCUCACAGAUGAACCACAUUCCAAUGAACAUUGAUUAUGAUCAGAAUUUAGACUGGGUUUCUGCUCAGCUUGCAGCAACGUGCAAUGUGGAUCGAUCCAGGUUCAAUGACUGGUUCACUGGACACUUGAACUUCCAGAUCGAGCAUCACCUCUUCCCAACCAUGCCUCGGCACAAUUACUGGAAGGUGGCCCCCCUUGUGAAAUCCCUCUGUGCCAAGCACGGUGUUAAGUACCAGUGCAAGCCCCUGCUCACGGCCUUUGCAGAUAUCCUGCGCUGUCUAAAGGAAUCAGGGGAACACUGGCAGGAAGCUUAUCUUCACUGA